AUGCGCUCAAUCACGCCCGCAGCUGCUCGGAGAGCCCUCUUGGCCGUCUCAGAGCCCUCGACUUCUCGAGCAGCAGCAGCGAUCCCACGUCGGGCAGGCCCGAUCCUCGAUUCUAAGCGGGUAGCUGGUCCUCAGCUCGUCAGGCGUACUGCUGCUGUUCGCACGUAUGCUACUACUGCGCCUGGUCCUUCUAGCUGUGGAACCGCCUUGCCGGCGAUACCAGCGGAAGACACCUUUGAUAUCGUCAUCAUCGGCGGAGCGAACGCUGGUCUGGCCUUGGCUUGCGCUCUUCUGUCGAAGCCCUCGAUUAGAGAGACGAGUAGGAUACUACUGCUAGAAGGUGGAAGUUUAGACAGGGUACGGAGCUGGACAGGCGAAGACAGAUGGGAGAAUCGAGUCAGCAGUCUGACCGCAGAGAACGUUGCCUGGCUGGACAGUAUCGGAGCGUGGAAGCAUAUCGCUCAGCAUCGAUCAUGUCCUGUCGAAGAAAUGAUUAUCUGGGCAAAUCCCUCACCCGACUCGUCCCCCACUGUCCACUUCCCACCCCUCGGCCACCCCAUGGCGCAUAUGACCGAGAAUACCAACCUCCAACGAGCCCUGCUGCGGCGUAUCGACGAGAUAAAUCCCGGCUCCUUCGAGAUCCGCGAGUCGAGCCGGGUGGCCGAGAUGCAGCUGGGGCCGGGUGGACGAUGGGUCGGACUGCGAAUAGGGGAUAGAUGGGUCAGAGGAUCGGUCGUUGUCGGUGCGGACGGACCCAACUCGCCCGUUCGCCAAUUCUCAGCUAUCGAUAGCUAUGGUCAUGGCUACAAUACGCAGGCUGUAGUCGCUACGCUCCACCACGACGAGGACAUCUACCCCAACAACACAGCGUUCCAGCGGUUCUUACCUACGGGUCCGCUGGCGUUCCUCCCCCUGAGCCCGACAGCCAGUACGAUGGUCUGGUCUACCCAUCCAACCCAUGCGGCGGCGUACAAGAAGCUCUCGCCAGAAGCUCUCGUCACCGUCGUCAAUGCCGGAUACUCGCUGCCCGAGUCCACGUUGGCGGCGCUGAACGAGCACAUCAUCAGUUCCGAUACACCUCUUUCCGCCGAACAGAUCAAUACCCUGCUCGCUCAACUCCCCCUCCCUGAGAUCCGAGAACAAGCUACCCUCCCGUCGGUCGUCAAAACCAUCGAAUCCGUCGCUUCCUUCCCCCUCAAACUCACUCAUGCCGAUUCAUACCUCGGCGACCGCACAGUCCUCGUCGGCGAUGCAGCACAUACUGUUCACCCUCUGGCGGGACAGGGCCUCAACAUGGGUUUGGCGGACGUGCGGUGUCUCGCCAACGUGUGGGAGGAGUGCCGGCGGACGGGCGCAGAUCUCGGGAGUCGGACGAGUAUGGCUCCUUACCCUCGGGAACGAUACCCCGCGAAUCAGCUCCUUCUCAAUACCACAGACACGCUGCAUCACGUCUUCCGGUCCCGCUCAGGACCGGUCAAUUGGGUACGCGGUCUCGGGCUGGAUAUGAUCAACGAGAUCUCGCCGCUCAAGCGGAUCCUCAUGUCCGGCGCAGGGGCGGGCGCGGGCGGGGGGAAGAGGGAUGCAGUGGGGAGGGAGUUUGGCCCUUCUACAGCGGAUCAAGUGGGAAGGGGACAGGCAGGGGGAUGGCCAGGCAAGGUGGCUAGCGGUUUAGAGGGGUGGUUGAGCUUCAAGUCGGCGGCGGGGAUGGCGGCAGGAAUGGCGGGUCAAGCUAUCGCGGGGAGGUUACGAGACUUUGCGCAGACAAGGGGGAAGUAG